UUUAACCUAAAAAAAACAAAAAUGAAAUUAUUUUUGUUAUUAUCAAAAUUACCAGUUUUAUAUAUUGUUUUAAAUUUAUUUACAAUUCUACAUGCAGAAAAUACAAAUGAACCGAUUAAAAAAACAUGGAAAGAUAAAGAUAUAAGAGAUAUGUCGGACGCCGAUUUAGAACAUAUACUUGAUCAAUGGGAAGAAAAUGAAGAACCAUUGGAGCCAGAUGAACUUCCUGAACAUUUACGACCACCUGCAAAAAUAGAUAUUAGUAAAUUGGAUAUGUCUAAUCCAGAUAAUGUUUUGCGUGCAACAAAAAAGGGCAAAGGUGUUAUGAUGUUUGUUGAUGUUAGACCCGAUAUUUCAAUUGACAAUGCUAAAACAAUAAUGCAAAUUUGGCAAACUAGUUUACAAAAUAAUCAUAUUAUUGUUGAAAGAUAUCCAAUUGAAGAUAGAAGAUCAAUUUUUAUGUUUCGCGAAGGAUCACAAGCGGUUGAGGCAAAAAAUUAUUUAAUUGCUCAAAAGGAAUUGCAACUUGUCACACUUGAGGGACAAACAUAUACAGGACAGUAUUCAUUAAAUACUAAAAAAAAGACUGAACUUUGAUAUUUUUCUUUUUUUCUGUAAAAAAAAAAAUAUUACAUUUUCUUUUGUAUCAUAAAUAAUAAAUUGUAUAAUUUUGAAGAAA